AUGGCCAAUGCGUAUUUAUGGAGUGCGCAUGUUUCCGAAAAGUUGGAAUUUUGUAAAUUCGAAGUCAAGCCUUACCAUUGGUUCAGGAUUAAAAUACUGUACAUAAUCUCAGCUGGAAACACUGACUGUCCAUGGUGUACGAAUGAGAUUCAAACGAUUGAACAUUUCGCAAUUGAUGUCGGAACAGCCGAGUAA